ACUCAGCCUCUCACCCUUGAAUAUGCACUGUCAUUUUGCUGUGUUUCCAAACCCUUCGAAGUGAACAACAAGAUCAAGGUUCCUCAUGACGCAGAGGAGCUGGUGGGAAAAGCCGUGGAGCAUCUGUUUGAGAAGGAGGACGGAGAGAAGAACGAAUGGAGGGGGAUGGUCCUGUCCCGAGCGCCCAUCAUGACCAACUGGUACUACAUCACAUAUGAGAAGGACCCCGUGCUCUACAUGUACCAGCUCUGGGACGACUACAAAGACGGAGACCUCCGGAUUUUACCUGAAGCGGGUAAAUAA